CCAAGUCUACAAGGACCCUUUCUCGGGCAGCCUCAAAUCUUGGGGCCAAGCCUGCCAAGAUUUUAAUAGUUGCCAUCUACUCUCGCUGUUGUUGCUGAAUUCUGACAUCUGGAGUGAAGGGCAUUAAUGAAUUUAAGGCCUCAUAUGUCUUCUUGAAGUCCAUUAAGUAUGCUUGAAGAGAUUGAUCCUGAUGGUGUAGUGGCGUGGGUUAGCGAUGUAGCUCUAAGGUCAUAUCUCGGGGUUGAGACGGGUGUAAGAGGUUCGCGGAGGGGUAAGGUAGUGUCCCAUGUGCGUUUCGGCUCAUGGAACAUAGGGACCCUCACAGGUAAGUCAAUUGAGUUGGUGGAAGUUCUCAAGAGGAGAAGGAAUGGAGUCGGUAUUCUGGUGGCGCCGGAGCUGCGAGAGUUUGUGGUGGAGGUGAAGAGGAUUAGUGAUCGUCUGAUGGUUAUCAAGUUGGUUUUGGGUGAGUGUGCGAUCAAUGUCGUGAGUGCUUACGCCCCGCAUGCUGGCUUGGAAGACGAAGUUAAGAGGGAGUUUUGGGACGCCUUGGAUGGGGUGGUUGUUGGUUUUCCACUGACCGAGAAAGUCAUCAUUGGAGGCGACUUCAAUGGCCAUAUUGGAGACUCGGCCGAGGGCUUUAAGGACGUGCACGGUGGUUUUGGCUUUGGCAGCAGGAACCCAGCAGGAGUUUCACUCUUGGAGUUUGCCAGAGCGAGUGAUAUGGUGGUUGCUAACUCUUGUUUCCCUAAACGAGACGAUCAUUUGGCUACAUUUGUUAGUGGAGUGGGGACGACACAGAUCGACUAUCUUCUCGUGCGCAGGUGUACCCAACACAAGCUACUGGUGAGGGAUGUCAUGAUCAGGUGGGUGAAACAUAGGAGAGCUUCGGGUGGCAACACACAAAUCCGGUGGAGGAGACUAAGUGGGGAGAAUAUUUCUGAGCUGAUCAGGCGAGUGCAGGAGAAAGGUGCGUGGGAAUCGGCCAGAGAGGCUACUGAUAUGUGGGCGCGGACUGCUAACUGCAUCAGGGAAACAGCCUUAGGUGUAAGCUCUGGCUCUGGGAGUAGGUGUCAGGGUGAUUGGUGGUGGAGCGAUUCAGUCCAAAGUAAGGUGGAAGCCAAGAAGGUGGCAUAUCUGAGGUACAUGGGCUAUAAUGUUGAGGAGGAAAGAGCGGCAUUACGAGUGGAGUACAAGAAGGCACGUAAAGAAGCUAGGUUAGAGGUUACGAGGGCAAAGAAUGCCGCUUUUGAACGCCUCUACAAGGAUAUAGAGGAGAAAGGCGGUGUUAAUCCACUGUUCUGGCUUGCUAAGGUGCGUGAGAGGAAGGCCCGAGAUCUGGACCACGUGAGAUGCGUGAAGGGCAGCGAUGGUAGAGUGUUAGUUGAGACUGCCAAGGUGGCUAAACGCUGGGGGGAGUACUUUUGUGAACUCUUAAAUGCGGGAGGAAACCAGAGGCUAGUUCUUGAUGAGCUGGGGCAGUCCGGGGCGUCUCGUGUGUAUUGCCGUCGCAUUUGCCUGGAAGAGGUGGUUCGGGCUCUCCGCGGGAUGCGUAGUGGGAAAGCUUUGGGACCAGAUGAGAUUCUGGUGGAGUUUUGGAAGCAUGCGGGUCGUGGUGGGUGGGUUUGGUUAACCAAACUCUUCAAUGUUAUCUUCCGGACAGCAAGGAUGCCUGAUGAGUGGAGGGAGAGUCUCUUGGUCCCUCUGUUUAAAGGCAAGGGUGACAUUCAGAGCUGCGAGAAUUACAGAGGCAUCAAACUGCUUAGCCACACCAUGAAGGUUUGGGAGCGAGUCAUUGAGUAUAGGGUGCGGAAAGGGGUAUGCAUCUCUGAGAACCAGUUUGGUUUCAUGCAUGGCAGAUCGACUACAGAGGCCAUUCACCUCGUGAGGAGGUUAAUGGAAGAGUAUAGGGCUAGGAAAAAGGACCUUCAUAUGGUGUUUAUUGAUCUUGAGAAGGUGUACGAUAGGGUGCCAAGGGAGGUCUUAUGGAGGUGCCUUGAGACGAGAGGAGUUCCCAUUGCGUACACUCGCGCGAUCAAGGAUAUGUACGGUGGGGUUAGGACUAGAGUAAGGACCUCCGAGGGCGACACUGAGUCAUUCUCGGUAGGGAUGGGGUUGCACCAGGGGUCUGCCCUUAGCCCUUUUUUUGUUCGCCUUGGUGAUGGACCUCCUGACGCAAGAAUAAGUAGGAACAAGACUGAAUACAUGGAAUGUCGUUUCCGCGGUUGGGAAACAGAAUCAGAAGUGGAAGUUAGGAUUGACUCUCACCUAGUACCUAAGGUAGACAGGUUUCGAUAUCUUGGCUCGGUAAUUCAGGUUGAUGGGGAGUUAGACGGGGAUGUUGGACAUCGUGUUGGAGUGGCUUGGGCCAAAUGGCGGUUGGCUUCAGGGGUGUUGUGUGAUCCGAAGAUUUUGCCCAGGAUGAAAGGUAAGUUCUACCGGUCCGUAGUCAAACCUACUAUGUUAUAUGGGGCAGAGUGUUGGGCGGUUAAGAAGACUCAUGUGCGUCGUCUGCAUGAGGCGGAGAUGCGGAUGUUACGAUGGAUGUGUGGGAAGACAAGGUUGGAUAGGAUUUUGAACGAAGUUAUCCGACGUCAGGUAGGCAUGGCGCCGGUGGAAGAUAAGUUGCGGGAAGCGAGGUUGAGAUGGUUUGGUCAUGUGAGACGGCGGAAUGCUGACACCUGUACGGAGAUGCGAGAGGAUUACGGUUAUCGGGGGAAGUAGGGGAAGGGGUAGACCUAGGAAGAAUUGGAAGGAGGACUUUCAUUCCAUUGUACUUGGUCCUUUAUCUGUGCUAUACUGUGUUCCCUACCAUAUUUUUUGUGCAAGUUGAGCUGGGGGUCUCUUGGAAAUAGCCUCCCUACUUCCGAGUAGGGGCAAGGUCUACGUACACAAACCCUCCCCAGACCCUACUAUAGUGGGAAUCAACUGGGUUGUUGUUG